UACAGCAUCGCAGUCAAGACUCCGCAAAGACUCCUCCUCUCAGUUUUAUGUCAUCACGACGAUAUGUGGGAUGGAAAUGGGCAACAUGCCGCUAUUUACUGGCCCCGGGAGGAAACUGUGACCUCUCCGCUGCUCUGGAAACGCAGUGUUUGAGGAAGUCAGAAGUCGUCCAGCAAGAAGUCACAGAGGUGUGACAUGCACAGGCCGACACACGUGGAUACAUUUACAUUUGCAGCUGAUUGAUUACCCUUUGUGAUGUAACCAAAGAAUACAGCACCGUCUCACCUGCUCUGCUGUUGGAAGAUGGCCACCGCAGCAAAGGACCCCCACCUGGGCUCAGGCCCCGAUGAGGACGAUGUGUCUCUGGCGGAGAGCGGGUCCGAUUCAGACAGCAUCCUCUCCGAUGACUCCGUGCUUCCAGAUUACACACCAGAGAUAACAGACGGGUGUGCAGCAGCAACACUGUAUCGAGCAUGUGUCCGUAAUGACACCGUUGCUCUGCGGAAAGUUCUGGACAGAGGGGUCACAAAAGAGGAGGUUGGAGAGCUGGACAUCAAUGGCUGGAACGGCUUGAUGGUGGCCUGCUGCAAAGGAUUCGUGGAAAUUGUGCAGGGGCUUCACCACUGUCCCUUUAUAGACAUAAACCACCAGGACAACGAAGGCAACACUGCUCUGAUGAUUGCUUCCCAAGCAGGUCAUAUCAACACAGUCAUGUAUCUCCUAAACUACUAUCCUGGGAUAGACACUGAAAUAAGGGAUUGUCGAGGAUUCACAGCACUCAUCAAAGCUGCUAUGACCGGCCGCAAUGACGUCGUGGCUGCCCUUGUUAUGGCUGGUGCCGACAUCCAUGCAGUAGACUCCACCAAAGGAAAAUGUGCUCGGGACUGGGCACUGAAAACAGGUCGCUAUGAGACCCUGCAUCGUCUCCGCCGCCUCAAUGUGCGGCCAAAAGCUGAGCAGUUCUGUGAGAGUUAUGUCCCUGAGUGGCCUGAGCUUAAGGAGAGAGUAGCUAAGGCCACAGGUGAGAAAAGUGCUACUGAAAAAAUCUCCCAGCGGCUCAAAAACACAUUUGGAUUCAGAUUUCCUCGUGACCCCCAGGACAACGGGGUCUUGGACCAUAUGGUGCGCAUUACCACCAGCGUCCACAGUCCACUAAUUUCAACUGGAUGCCGUCCCCUCUGCCCUACCAGCCCUCCUGAGGUGGGGAAGAGGCGCAUGGCUGUGCCAGAGCUGGUGAAGAAACACACAGAUAAGGAAUUAGAAGAGAGCUCAGUGUGCCACAGCAACGGCUCAGUAUCACGCAUCAUACCCACAAUCCACUCAGCAGAGUCCAUCUCUGCAACGUGCUGUGCCGAGACGGAGCGGCGAGGCAGCAUCCUCUCACUGGCCUCCACCAAAGUUGCCACUGCAUUUAUUCCCCGUAGUAUGGCAAGAAGGAACAGCAUAUUCCCAUCUGGCUGCAUCCCCAAGAUUGACAUCAGCAGGCCUUCAGAAGCAACACCAAAGAAAGAAAAGAAGAAGAAGAGGAGGGACAAGGGCUUCCUGGAACCGCCCAAGUGGAGGUACAAGGAGAUCAAGGAUGAGAAGAAGAAGGCUGAGAAAGAAAAGGCUGAGAAAGAAAAAAAGGAGAAAGAAAAAAAGGAGAAAAAUAAAGAAAAAGACAGCAAGAAGGCCAAAAAAUAAGAGUUGCCCAAAACAGGGCUGUGAUGCAGUACGAGAACAAUAUGUGUUCUGUGUUCACCACAGGGUUUAAAGUGUUCAAACCAAACAUCUCAGGCACAUUGAACAAAUACAGAACCUAUAACCUAAAGGGAAAUAGGUAACAGAGGAGAUAUUUUCUUCCUAAACCUGGAUGAUGGAGGACCUCAAACGAGCACCGCAGAGACUCUUCAAGAGGAGUUUGAACCUUUUAGCCUGUAUUGUCUAAAAGUUGAGACAAAUGUUACGUAUUUUUUUGAGUUAGGAUAGGAAAAAAAGUUUAUUUUUUCAUGGUUAUGUGUAAAUGUAAAGUAUCAAAAAGACUAAAUGGGCUUUUUUAAUAAUUACGACAACCCCUGUUUACUGAUUCAGUUUGACAGGUGUUACACUCUAUGGUAUCUACCUCAUCAUUCAUAUAGUAGCCUAUACCUGUGUAUCCUCCUCCUAUAUGUAAGAUGUAAAUAUAGAAUCACGUAGCUUUGUCAUAACUCAUUUGUAUUGUUAUGUAAUAUUGUUACCAGCCAUGACAGCAGAGCUGGUAUUGUCUUUACCCUGAGGCUUUGUUUGUUUCAUCAUGACAAAAUGUGGUCCUGGAGAGAAUGGUCCUCCCACUUCACGCUCCAGGCCCACACUCAUUUUAAGUCGUGUAUCGGCGUCCCAGCUGGUGUGAUCCCAUUGAAUAAAGGUCUCUAGUUUUAUGUAUUUUUGUAAAUAACUAUUCAAAAAUCACUUGUAAAUACUGUACAGUGUGUAGCAAACAUGUAUCAUGAAGGUUUUAUCCUCCAGUUUUAAUGCCACUCUCUGACAUUGCCAAUGACAUCUUCACAUCUCUCCUGCUUUUAUUAACUCUAUGAGAAAUUACAAAUAAAUAUAGAACAGUGAAAGUUUCAA